AUGCGUCGACUAUCACAGGAAGAUCGACUUAACGUUGUCCUACUGGGUGAUCAAACAAGCAAUGUAUCGUCUUUACUUAGGAAACUGUUGCUUGAUGCACCACAUAGUGUUUCGCAAAGUGAAUUUAUUCGAGAUGCUAGUGCCGCAUUGAAAGGAGCAUACGAUCGCCUACGUCCAUUUCAACGCGAAAAACUCCCUUUGUUUAAAAACGUUCAUGAGUUGGCCAAAAUCUAUCAAGAGGGUAACGGUGAAUGCCAUCCCUCGAUUGCCAGUGCUUUAUUAUGUGUAACACAAUUGUUACAGAUAUUUCGAUAUUUUGAAGGCAGAGGACGCCGUCCAGAAAACAACGAGAAUAUCACAGUAGUUGGGCUAUGCACGGGGUCACUUGUUGCAGCGGCCUACGCUGCUUCCGCGUCCUUAGACGAUUUGAAGGUGCUUGCUGUGCCGACUGUCUCCAUGGCUUUUCAAAUGGGUCUUCAGGCUGCCACGGCGAGCAGUAUGCUCCACGAGCAGAUCCCGCCGUUACGAAGUUGGUCCAUAUCGAUCCCCAAAAUGACAGAAGACGAAGCCCUCUCUGCCUUACAGAUCUAUGAUGCAGGAGGACACCUGUCUCUCCGCCAUCGUUGCUUCGUGAGUGCUGUUGGCCUUAAUAGCAUCACCAUUAGCGGUGCACCGCCAGCUUUGAGCCGUUUUUCAGAGAGCUUAACAGCUUCUAAACCAAAUAGAAAACCGAGACCGCUACCCAUCUUCUCCGCUUACCACGCCUCUCAUAUUCAUACAGUAUUAGACUUUCGCAGCUUUCUCCAGCGCUCUGGGAUCGACCCUGAGCUCUUAGCCUGUUUUGAAUCAAGAAAAACCAUUCUAUCACCCCUUACCGGCCUGCCGAUUGAAUCAAAUAACGCGCUAGGCAUAUUCGAAAAUGUUGUUUGUCAAACGAUGCAAGCACCUCUUCGGUUGGAUUUGAUUACCAGCAAUUGUAUCUCAUAUAUCAAUGAGAAUAACAUAUCGUCUGUUAACAUCGAUAUCAUCGGACCAGCUCCUAUUUCAGACAGCUUUGCAAGCACUAUUCGCAGUGGUUCGAAAGCGACAGUUUCCACACGUGAUCUCAUAGCUCUCGAGCCGGGGGUUGAUGAGUAUCGCCCGUCAGCUGCAUUCCACCGUGCGCCAUUAGCUGUUGUUGGAGUCUCAGGCCGCUUCCCUGGUGCUGAUAGUGUUGAAUCAUUAUGGAACGUGCUAGAGCAGGGCUUGGACUUACAUCGAGUGGUGCCAAAGGAUCGAUUUGACCAAGAAAAACAUGUUGACCCUACAGGAAAAACCAAAAACACAAGCUGGACUCCCUAUGGUUGUUUUAUUGAACGCCCGGGCGAUUUUGAUCCACGGUUCUUUAAUAUGUCACCUCGCGAAGCACUUCAAACAGAUCCCAUGCAGCGAUUAGCACUUGUAACAGCAUACGAAGCCCUAGAAAUGUCAGGAUUUGUUCCAGGCCGCACUCGCUCUACCUCUCUAGAUCGAGUCAGUACGUUUUAUGGUCAAACAAGCGAUGACUAUCGAGAUGUCAAUUCCGCACAGGACAUUGGGACGUAUUUUAUUACAGGAGGAAUCCGAGCAUUCGGUCCGGGACGAAUUAAUUAUUUCUUCAAAUUUAGAGGUCCUAGUUAUAAUGUUGACACGGCCUGUUCAUCAAGUCUAGCUGCAAUACAACUUGCCUGCACAUCCCUAUGGAGUGGUGAAUGUGAUACAGCUGUGGCAGGUGGCCUCAGUGUUCUAACCUCGCCUGAUUUAUUCUCGGGGCUGAGUCGUGGCCAGUUUCUCUCAAAAACCGGUUCAUGUAAGACCUUUGACAAUGAUGCGGACGGCUAUUGUCGGGCAGACGGUAUUGGAAGCGUGGUUAUCAAGCGACUGGCAGAUGCGGAACUCGACCGAGAUAAUAUUCUGACGGUUAUUUUGGGUGCUGGUACAAACCAUUCCGCCGACGCUGUCAGCAUUACACAUCCUCAUGCGGAGACACAGUCGACUCUUUACCGAGACAUUCUUCAACAAUCCGGUGUCGAUCCUCUGGAUGUGGGCUAUAUUGAAAUGCACGGGACUGGCACGCAGGCAGGUGAUGGCACGGAAAUGCGUUCAGUUGUCGACGUUUUCGCGCCGGCGAGGCCUGUCCGAUCCACAGAGAAUCCUCUGUAUGUCGGAGCAAUCAAGGCAAAUAUUGGCCACGGCGAGGCUUCAUCUGGAGUUGCAUCUCUCAUAAAGUCCAUUCUAAUUUUCAAACACAAUGUAAUCCCCCCUCAUGUUGGGAUCAAAAACACAAUCAAUAAAGAUUUCCCAGAUUUGAAGGCCAGAAACGUCCGAAUUGCAAGGACAAAGACAUCAUUUCCACAGACUAAUGAGAAAAGAAGAACAAUCCUCGUGAAUAAUUUUAGUGCAGCUGGUGGAAACACUGCCUUGUUAAUUCAAGAGCCUCCGAAUCCGGUGAUUGAAAAUAGCACCGAACCUCGUCCGCUACAUGCUGUAUCUGUGUCCGGACAUACCGUAUCUGCUGCAAAAAAUAACCUGGAGAGGCUGAUUGCAUACUUAUCUACAAAUCAUGACGUAUCUCCAAUAGACCUUUCGUAUACGACAACUGCCCGUCGCAGACAUCAUAGAUUUCGUCUCACGGUGACGGGAAGCUCAAUUGAUAGCAUUAAAACUUCCUUGGAACAGAAACGGCAAUCAAUCCUUUCGGCUCCAAGUACACCCGAAGAAGGCCCUUCAAUUGUGUUCGUCUUUACCGGGCAGGGCACAGCAUUUCCAGCGUUGGCUUAUGAAUUGUAUAAGACCUCAAGUCAGUUCCGAGCAGACAUCGACCACUUUGAUGGAAUUGCUAGACAGCAGGGAUUUCCGACAUUCCUUCCCAUCAUUGAUGGUAGUGUCAUGGAUCUCAACUCGCUUUCUCCAAUCCAGACUCAAAUUGGACUAGUAUGCGUUCAGGUAGCCCUGGCCCGUUUAUGGAGCUCCUGGGGGGUCAAACCAACUGCAGUUUUAGGUCACAGCCUUGGUGAAUAUGCUGCGCUUCAACUCAGCAGCGUACUGUCAAUAAGUGAUGUCAUUUUUCUGGUUGGAUAUCGCGCUAGGUUACUUGAAACUAAAUGCGAAAUGCACUCGCAUAGCAUGCUUGCCGUUGCAGAUUCGCCGAGCGUGCUCCAGUCUGUUCCAUCUAAUAUAUCCUCCCGCGUGGAGAUCGCCUGUGUUAAUAGCCCCAGCGAAACUGUUUUUGCAUCUGACAAACAUGUUAUCGAUCAGCUGGAGUCAUAUUUUGUGGCUCGUGGACUUCGAUGCACCAAGCUCCCAGUGCCUUUCGCUUUUCAUUCAGCGCAAGUUGACCCUAUUCUUGACGACCUCGAGGAAGUAGCAAGUGUAACAAACAUAGGAGCCCCGCAGAUUCCAGUUAUAAGUUCCCUAUUUGGGCGUAUUUUAGGUCCCAAAGACCCAAUUGGCGCCCGGUAUCUGCGUCGACACUGUCGAGAGGCGGUACAAUUUUCUAGUGCAGUGACAAAUGCAAGAGAUGCUGGACUGAUUAAUGAUUCUACCGUCUUCAUUGAAGUUGGACCCCAUCCAGUAUGUUCAGGCAUGCUGAGAUCAAUCCUUGGCAAUAAUGUUCAAGCUCUGCCUACAUUAAGAAGGAAAGAAAGCCCAUGGAAAGUGAUUGUUGGUAGCCUCGCUUCACUUCAUGACAUGGGGUUUCCGAUCAACUGGUUCGAGUAUCAUCGCGACUUCGAAAAGACAUGCCGUCUUUUGACGUUACCAGCAUAUGCAUUUGACAAUAAGAACUAUUGGAUUGAGUAUCGGAAUGAUUGGACGCUACGCAAAGGUGACCCGUUGCCAGCGAGCCAUGUACAAAAUGCGACUCGUCAACCACCCAAACAAUUACCAGCGUCUGUUCACCGGGUUGUGGUUGAAAGAUACCGCGAAAGGGAUGCAGUUGCCAUAUUUGAAACGGAUCUGUCAGCUACUGCCAUUUAUUCUGCGAUCACCGGCCAUCGCGUAAAUGGGGCGACAUUGUGCCCAUCUUCCAUAUAUGCAGAUGUUGCACUGACUAUUGCUGAUUAUAUUCAAAAUCACCCCCAAUCCGGAUUUACGCUUUCAGGGCACAAUAUUUCCUCGAUGGAAGUCCAUCAGCCCCUCAUCAUCAAGUCUUCCAAGAACGAUGAAGACCGUGUAUUGCGCGUAUAUGCUCGUUUAGAUCAGGCCCCACACAAAGUCAAACUGUUUUAUGUUUCCGUGUCUCCAGACCAGGAAACAGAGACUGAACAUGCAACGUGUGUCGUGGAAUUUGAGGACCCAGAGAAAUGGCUUCGACGAUGGACACAUGAGUUUCAUCUUAUCCAGGACCGUAUCAAGGCACUUGAGGCACUAUCGGAGUGCGGAGAAGUCAGCAAAAUAGCAACAGGAUUGGCUUAUCGUCUUUUUAGCAGCUUUGUUGAUUACUCUCCGAAUUAUCGGCGCAUGGAACGAGUUUUGCUUGCUGGUGGCUUGUUUGAAGCCGCUGCAAAUGUCAACCUGAACGACAGGGGUGAUGAUUUGGCCUUCUUUUGUAGUCCAUAUUGGAUUGAUGCUCUAUUACACAUCUCCGGAUUUGUUCUCAAUGCCAACGACUCCGUUGACCACGAGGAAGCGGCGUACAUUUCUCAUGGUUGGGAAACUUUGCGAUUCGCCAAAGCCUUCAAUCCUAGCGGAAAUUAUAAAACAUAUGUUAGAAUGCUUCCCGGAGAAAAGAAAAUGAUGGAAGGCAAUGUUUGGAUUCUGUGCGACGAGCAAGUUGUGGGAUUAGUUGAAAAUAUUCGCUUCCAACGUGUUCCUCGCACAGUACUCAAUAUUCUUCUUCCCCGACUUGGCAAGGAUUCAAGACCUGCCAACAAGGCAGUCAAAUCAAUUGUUAAGCAUACACAGGAAAGGAAAAGUGAUAUCAUCAAACCAUCCAAAACGGAAUCAAAUGGUAGACAAGGAGGAGACAGCUUCCUUGAUCUCAUAGCAUCUGAGCUCGGGCUAGCUUCCUCGGAAAUUUUACCACAUGACAAUCUAUCUGAUCUUGGUGUUGAUUCUCUGAUGUCUUUGACCUUAGCCGGUAGGCUUAUGGAAACAUUUGGACUAGAUAUAUCACACAAUGAACUUAUGGCAGCUUCAAGUAUCAUGGACUUGCUUGGAAUUCUAAGACAGAAGGCUAGUGGUUCCCUGCAGCAACCAAUCAAUCUCCCAAACCAAAAUGUGAGCGAUAAUUCAGUUACGGCGUACAGAUCUCCAGGUUCUUCGGAGACCUUAGAGCCGCCUUCCUUCACUCCUGCUAGCAACAGCAGUGACAUAGUGGAGCUUACUAGAAGCGUCAUUUUGGAGGAGACAGGUUUCUCAGCAGAAGAACUUGAGCCUUCUACACCGUUGAGUACACUCGGAGUUGAUUCUCUUAUGAGUUUAACAGUACUGGGAAGACUUCGGGAGUCAGGAGUCGAACUCCCGGCAGACUUCUUUAUAAAAAAUGUCACCAUGGAGGAAGUCGUCCAGUCGUUGUCUAGUACCUCCGAGAUUGAGAAUGUACCAAACAAUCCUAUUGCGAUAUAUAGGAAGGAGCCGAAACCCCUCUCCCCCGAAAAUCCCCGAUUAGAUUCCAAGGAGAACAACGCUAAGGUAGUACUUCUUCAGAGACGGGUUGAGCUAUCUAGCACCAAAACAUUAUUCCUAUUUCCGGAUGGCUCGGGCUCGCCAUUUGCCUAUGCGGCUUUGGGACAGAUCAGCAAAGAGUUCGAUGUAUAUGGUCUUGUUUGCCCAUUCAUCAACACGCCUGAGAACUAUGUCUGCGGUAUUGAAGCGACAGUUCGAAUGUAUCUCCGCACCAUAAAGGCAACACAACCCACUGGUCCAUACUACUUCGGAGGCUGGUCUGUAGGCGGUGUCCUUGCAUUUGAGGCCUCAAAACAGUUGGUAGAAGUUGGUGAUCUGGUCCCAGCACUUUUCCUGAUUGACUCUCCUUGCCCGACAGUUGUUCCCCCGAUGCCAACCUCCCUCAUUAAAUUUCUUGAUUCUAUUGGCCUGUUUGAUAAAUUAUCCGAUACAGCUGUGUCAAAUUCAGGUGACAAUAGACAAGUGCUAUUAAAGCAUUUUGAUGCCACGGUUAGCAACCUAAGUCUUUACAAGCCUUCUCCUAUAUGCCCAGCUUCAGCAGCACCUCAAACAUUUAUCGUAUGGGCUCAGGAAGGGGUUCUCAAAGAUUAUGAAGGUCCAAACCCGGUGUUGACACCUCCAGGAUCCUCUACGGCCAUUGAAGAUUGGAUACUAGACGAUCGCACGAAUUUUGGGUCUCGCGGUUGGGAAACUCUGCUACCGCUUCAAGCCAUCACUGCUGGGUCUGUUCCGGGUAACCAUUUUACUAUGAUGGCUACCCCGAAUAUUUCGAAGUUGUCUAGCCAUCUGCAAGGGGUCGUAUCUGCUUUGUAA